UUUCAGGACCAUGGUCAACGUGAUGGGAGACGCUUUGGCCACGGGGAUCAUGGCUCACAUCUGUAGAAAAGAUUUUGUCAAGGAGGGAGAGCAGGUACCUUUGAUCUGCGAGACCAAGCCCAUGAUCAGCAUCCAGCAGAUGACGUACCAGAAGAAUGGUGUGUACCAGCCCCCUCCCUGCGGACCGGAGGGCCCGGACGUGGCUCGUCUGUUGCAGCUGGAGGAGGGSGUACGGCCGGAGCAGAGGAAGAGGAACCCCCUCGCUCCCCAACACAAGAGGGAGCACAAGGACAAGGACCACUGCUCCAUCGACAUGAAUGGCCUGGAGACCAACGUAUAGACAUAGUUAUCAUUGAGCUGCAUCCUGAUUCGUCACACUUCUCCCAAAGAGUGCAUUUGCACACUCCCCGCCGUGGAUCUAAUAAUGGUGGAUCUAACAACUCCCUCCAGCCAAUUCUUAGCCGAAACCAAUCCUACGCUUUUAAAUCCAUGAUGAGAAGUGGGAAAAUGCAUACUUUGGAAAAAGUGUGGAGUAACUGAAUGGAGCCAGUAUCAUAGCUACAGGGGRGAGAGGGAGAGAGGAAGGACUGACUAACUGCACCGGGACGACCAACCCGACCCUUGCUGGCACAUUAUGGCCCACUGUGGAUGCAAUUCAGAGGAUGUGUAAAGAAAAUACGAUUUUCUACAUUACGUAUAUUACGACCCACUAUGAUUGUGUAUAUUUUUGUGUAUAUAUUUACAAGACUUAUUAUACUAUGCACCAGCAGCAGAGUGAUAUGGUGGGAGACAUUCUAUACAUUGAGACAUUCUAUAUGAUGAGACAUUCUAUAUGAAGUGCAAACAUUCUAUUUAUUGAGGAGACAUUCUCUAUGAUGAGGAGACAUUUCAUACAAUGAGAAGACAUUUUACA